GCGGGCGGCGCUUUACGGCCGAGCCUCGGGUUUUCCUCCUUUCCACGUGGAGCGCCGGGCAGACGAGGCGGAGGAAGGAGACGAGCGAGGAGCAGCUCCUGCGCGGCAGCCAUGAGGCGACCCAGUAAGCGCUGCUGGGGAGAGGGCGAGGGGAGAGGGUCGGCUGCUGCUGCUUCUGCCGCUGCUCAAGGGCUUCGGGCUGGAGGUGGAAAGGUCGCCUCGCAGCCUCUCCCGUGGGCGGCCAGGCCAACGUGCGCCUUGGCGGGCCACUUCUUUGCAGCCCGUCUUGCGAGUCGCGGCCUCCAUGGAGGCGGGAAAGUGGCCUGGGCUCUUCGGCCGCGGCUUCGGGGGUCUCAGGACGCGAGGUGCUUCCUGUAUUGGAGAGGCGCUUCAGGGUCUAACUCAGGAACUUAGCUUUCCUAACUCAGAACAGGCCUGCCUGGAUCAGGCCAAAGGUCCAUCCAGCCCCCCGCGAUCUCCGCCUACAGUGACAGGCCACGUGCCCGCGCGGCGAAACUCGCCAGCGGGAUUUGAGAACUGCGCCCAGUGGUUUUUUUCGGGGGGGGGGCGCAGACCCCUGAACAUUUUGUGAAUCUGAGUUUGGCCUCAUUGAGAGCCAGUAUUUCAAUAUGAGUAGGAGAAUAAGAAUGCCCCUAAACAUUUUUUUUAAAAAGCACUGAUGCACCCAUCCUCUUGCUCGGGCCUCUGCAAACCCCUAACCCGCUUUUGGCCUUCCAUUAAAAGGUCAAGUAACAUGAAGAGGAGCCCCUUGGCUGUUCCCUUGCUUCUUCUUAGUAUGCUUCCCACCUCGCUCCUCCGGCCGUUUUUCCACCUUUCUCCAGUCCACGGGCCCGUUUUUCUUGUUAUGUUUUGGUCUCCCGGUGUUUUUUCCUCUUGCUCCCAAUCUUUCCGUGUCCUUUUCGCCGUCUGAAGCCUCACUCACUGCUAAGUUUUGCCCUCUCCAAACGGACUGUUGAUGCUCCCCAAUAUAGAGCACCCACAACCCCUCAGGUGUUUGGGCAAGACUGGGCAGAAGGGGGCAACUGGUAUCUCAUUUAGUAUCUGUGGGUGAGCCCUUGCUUGUGCUCUUUGGAUUACUACUCAGCAGAAAGGGGGUUCUUCAGAGAAUUUUUGGCCUACUUACACUGGUUGGAGCUAAUGGGAGUUGAAGGCCGCAACAUUUGGAGGCUAUAGGGUUCCCUUGUAACAAUCCUAAAGACAUGGCAAAUUGUGGCUGCUACUGAAGAUGAACUUGUCCGUCUGUCUUUGCUCUUAAUCUGUAAGAGAGGGAGGGCUUAUCUGUCUUUCCACUUUUGGCGAAGACUUCCGGCUGUUUAAAAUGUAUGCUUGUAAACCCGGAAAGGUUCUCAACAGCAAGAAGCUGAAUAGUGAAGGACAAAACCUUCCCAUGCAAGGAUUUCAAAAUCUUGGGCAUGUACCAUCCAAACACUUUUCCUGCUUUUACUUCAGUGUAUGUUUAGCUUGCAGUCCUUUGCACACUUUAACUCCCAAUGAAAUCAACCAAACUUAGCAUCUGAGUAAACAUGCGCAGCAAAGGCUGUAGCCAUAAACACAGCUUCCAGGAGGUAAAUGGAGGUAAAUUCCAGAGAUGGAGGACCCUUUUGUUGGCCUGCAGGUAUAUCAGCCUUUCCCAGGCUGGGGUCUGCAGAUGUUGUUAGAUUAUAACUUCCAUCAUCUCCAGCCAGCAUGGCAGUCGGUCAGGGAUGUUGGCAUUUGUAGUUCAACAAUAUCUAGGGACCCAAAGUUGAGGAAGGCUGAUGCUAUUAGGCAGGUGUCUCUGCUCUUCUGCACAUGUACUGACUCAUUUCAUUGUAUGAUUAUAUUAUAUUAAUUCUUUUUCCAUUAGUAAAAGACCUCCGGGCCUUCCCGCCCCCCGGCCUGGCACACCUGAUUGUACACUAUUUCUUUGGAAGCUUCCUAUGCCUAGAACAUGCACAGACAAACUCCGGCCCUCCAGAUUUUUGGGUCUACAAUUCCCAUCAUCUCUGACCACUGGUCUUGUUAGGUAGGGAUGGUGGGAAUUGUAGUCCCAAACAUCUGGAGGGCCGGAGUUUGCCUAUGCCUGCCUUAGAAAGCAUGUCUCAUUGAACACUAUAGAGAUUGGCAUAGGGUUGAAUCAAUACUGGUAGUGUUGGGUCAUGACAAAGCAGUUUCUGAGGAUGUGAUGGAUAUGGCAAUGGAGGCUGAAGUCUUUAAUUUCUGCUCCUGUAGUUCAAUCUAAGGCUGUGCUACACAUGCAGCACAGAACACUGAGUAUAUACUUAAGGCUGCAGGUGGAGAUGCCACUUCUGAAUGCACUUCCACGUUAAAAACAAAACUUGUGGAUAGAAUUGCAUACCAGGAAGGAACAGCCCUUUUCCUGGUAUGCUGGUUUCAUAUUCGGAAUGAUUUUUGGGAGGGUGGUGUUAGAAAUGUAAUCCUCCACCUGCUGUCUAUAAGUGGUAUGAUUUUAUACUGUAUUGUGUAUAUUUUAUAGUGUUUUGGAUCAUAUUUGUGGUGGAGAAGGUUGCGGCAUUCAUUUAACCCGUUAUUGUUGGCUUGGAUCUGCAGACAUUUAUUUACCUUUGGACUUUUUAUAUUUCAGAGUUGAAGAAAGCUAGCAAGCGUAUGACCUGCCACAAACGGUUUAAAAUACAGAAAAAGGUAAGUCACUCAGCAGUGUGCAAUCUACUACAGUCGUACCUUGAAUCUCAAACGCCUUGCGAGUUGAACGUUUUGGCUCCUGAACGCCGCAGCCCCGGAAGUGAGUGUUUCGGUUUGCAAACGUUCUUUGGAACCCGAAUGUGCGACGCAGCUUCUGGUUGGCUGCAGGAGUCUUUUUCCUGAGCGCCUGCCCGUAUUAUUAUUAUUAUUAUUAUCAUUAACGAAUUGUAUAAAGCUAAAUGCAUGUAAGUUGUGAGUUACCUGUAUACAAAACACAGAUCACAGUGUAAUGAAGAAUCUAUAUGGGUGAACAGCUACAGUGAACAAACUUUAGCAUCUUUUACUAGCAAAAUCUGUCCAUUGUUGGUUACAGGUGCGAGAACACAACAGAAAAGUCCGGAAGGAAGCCAAGAAACGUGGGCACAAAAAGCCAAAGAAAGAUCUCGGAGUUCCCAAUGCAGCACCUUUCAAGGAGCAGGUUCUUCGGGAAGCAGAACAAAGGAAACAAAGGGUAAAACAACUUGCAUAUUCAUGGCAUAUUGUCAUGGAACUCUGUGGUGCAUCACUGUCGACUUUCAGCAGUCAGUGGUUCACCUGUAACAGGAUGAAGAGCCUUGGGUCCAGGGGACAAAUACUGGCCUCCAGGCCUCUCUGUCCAGUUCUUGGAAAACGUCCCAGGCCACUUCCCUGACAAGCCCUGUUUCACACCCCUAGUGUUUUUGCCUGGGUGGGACGCGUCCUUGAACUCUGAGAAUGCCUCUCUUUUCUGGGCAGAGGAUAAAGAGAGGUAUCUGUAUGAACUAUCCUACUGUACGAAGACACCGUGCAGAGGUUGGGCUAAAACAGAUUCCCCACUUCUGACCUACAUAGUACUUGCUGGCUUUGAUUUCUUACUGUGUUUAAUUAGUCAGUUCAGCAACAUUUGUGGUUAAUAUUCUAAAUUAAGUAAUUAACCUGGGCUACAGCACUGGCAUUUCUGCUGCAGUUUCAGCACAAAGUGUUGAAACGCUUCGGCAUUUGCUUCUAUGUGACUUCACAAACUCUCAAGCAGAAGGAAAGUGGAACUUAGCAACUGGUUCAGCACUGACAUGGUGUUCUCCUGCUGUCCUUUAUUAAUAUGCUUCAUUUUCAAGGUUAUAAGGUGGUAUUUGCAACACAAAACACAGUCCAAUUCUGGGUAGCUGUGGUGCUUUUCUGAAUACAGUAGGAGAUCCUGCAUAUAACUUGGUGCCUUUGUGUGUUUGUGCAUGCGAGCAGCGUGAAGAGCUAAAGAAACAACAGAAGCUUGAUCGGCAAAAGGGGCUAGAAAAGAAACGCAAACAAGAAGCUAAUAAAAAGGAUGCUGCUAAAGUAAAGCUUUCUGAAAAGGUACGCAUUUCACUUAGAUCAGAAAUACUCCACGGAACAUGAAAAAAUUCAUUUGUGACAUUUGGAAUAAUGGCAUCCCAAUACUGUGCCAAACAUCUGUGCCAGUUGAGGCUUCUGCAGUUCCCUUGCUUUCCAGUUUGGAAACAUUUCCCUCCACUUGCCUAAAAUGGCCAGAUGCCAAAUCCAUCCAGAGCCUUCCAGUUGUGUGCCAUCACAAGCACACCCUACAUGGUAUGCUUUGAUACAGAGUAGAUGGGGGAGGCCUCAGGAGGAGGGAAGGAAAGAGAAGUCCUAUUGCAUGAGCAGAAGUUAGUUUUAUUCAGACAGAUCCACCUGAAUGUUUCCCCGAAAUGUAGGCUAAUCCUUGGGGAUUUAAUUUAUUUAUUUAUAAAUUUUAAUUCCCCCCCCCCCAUUCCAAUUAUGAUGUUUUGUAGGGCUGAAAGGAGUCUCUUCCAAAUACUUGCACAGAGCACUUACCAUAUUGGCCUGAAUAUAAGCUGCACCAUUUCCCCCCCCCCCAAAAAAAAUCUGACCGUGAAAAGUUAAAGUUAUAUUCAUGACCUUACGCUGCCAGCAAAUAGUGGGCUCCGCCCCCACCAGGAAACAGCCUGGGAGUGCAGGGCAAUGGUGUGCUGCCUGCCCGCCUCCGGCAAAGCGGUGUCUCUUCCCCCCCACCCCCCCAAGCAGCCCAGGUAUUGUCAAUUUUAAAGGUGUGGCUUAUUUGCGGGUGCAGCUUAUAUUUGGACCAGUGCGGUAAUUGUCAUGAAAUUUUGUGUUCUUGUUGCUUUAAAAGAUUGAAGUCCUGAUGAUCAGUUUUUCGGUUCUAAGUGAUGUUAGAUUCCUGUAUACUAAAUUUUCAAAUUUGUAUCUACUUUAUCUUAGAAAUCAGCCGCUAAACAAAAAGCAAAGGCAAACCAGCAGUCAGAGAAAAAGUCACAGAAAUUCUUUUGCAAGGAGCUUAAAAAGGUAAUUUUUUUACAGUCAUGUGAAAAACUCUUUCACUGUGGGCCAUUUACCAUCCAGGGGACCUAACGCCUUCAUUUCAGCUGUGUGACAUCUCUUUUACUGGGGACACCAGCACUGCCCUGUUUUCCAAGUGGUCCCAACUGGUUUUGAAAAUGAUUGUGUUUCUCUCUUUGUAUUUUGACCAUCGCAAAGAAAGAUGUCAUUGGUUUUGUACGCUUCUAAAAAUAAUGAGAUGGCUGCUUUCAAACAGAUGUUAAGAUUCGGUUAUAGUAGAGAAAGUGCCCUUAUCUUAACUACUCCUUACAAAUGCACAUGGUGACAACAUUUCUGUGCAGAUUUUGACUCUGGAAUGUGCACCUUUCGCCUGUUGCUGUUUAGGUGAUUGAAGCUUCUGACGUCGUGCUGGAAGUCUUAGAUGCUAGAGACCCUCUAGGCAGCAGGUGCCCACAGGUGGAGCAACUUGUUAGUCAGAUGGAAGGAGAGAAAAAAAUACUACUGGUUUUAAAUAAAAUUGGUAAGUGGAAAUAACCUUUUUUUUUAAUCCUACAAAUACGUAUUAGUUUAGUUAAGCCCAAAUGAUUAGUGGUUUCAUUAUAAUGUGUGAUGCCUACGAAUGGAAGUAAAUGUUUGUGUUUACUUAAAAGUAUGUCCUGUGUUUAAUAAUAAGCUAUAUUGCAAGCCAUGGCUUUUGUUUGGUAUCAAGAUACUUUUCAUCUGGCAUCAAUAGGGUGGGAUUGACUUAAAUCCAAGCAUCCAAGUUUCACUACCUAGCGGACUUGUACAGUCUACCAGUUAAAUAACAUUCCAGUGGGAUGUGAGCUAUGAGGAAGAUACAAAAUGAUACUGAUGUACCUCUGAAGACUGUCAGAUCCAACUCUGAGCUCACUGUUCCGGUUGCAAUAGGGUAGUUUUAGCAGCAGCCACAGCAGCCACUUUCCCACAUGUCAGCUGUUAGCUGGGAGCCUCAGCAAUGCUCCACUGUGGUUCUCAAAGAGACCUUCCCUGCAGCCCAAAGAGGGGCUUUGCUGAGGCUCUUCAGGUCUCUCCCCCAACUUCCAGGUUUCCUGGGCUGUGCGUAUGCACAGUCGCAUAUGAAUUAAACAUGCGUAAAUGGGGGGUGACUAUUUUUUCCCCCAUCAGCUAGCAACCCUGUAUUGCAGGGAACAGCGUCUUAUGGUGUCCAUCUCUUCUACUUUGUGUGAACUGCCAAAAACAACAAUAGAAUCAAUACAGUCGUACCUUGGAUCCUGAACACCUUGGUACUCAGACGUCUUGGAUCCCAAUCGCCGCAAACCCGGAAGUGAGUGUUCCGGUUUGCGAAUGUUCUUUCGAACCCAAACGUCCGAUGGGGUUUCCAGUUGGCUGCAGGAGCUUCCUGCAGCCAAUCAGAAGCCUUGCUUUGGUUUCUGAACAUUUUGGAAGUCGAACGGACUUCUGGAACGGAUUCCGUUCAACUUCCAAGGUAUGACUAAUUAAAAGGCUUUUAGUGAACUUGUUAUAUAUAUUCCUAUUAUUACCAUUUAUUUAAGAUUCAGCUGGGCAGUUUCAUGAGGCAGAUAAAGAUACAUACCUCAAUACUUGCCAGAGGUAAAUGAGGUGUACCAUGCAAAAUCUUAAUCUAGUAGUUUGAAUCUAUUUAUUUUAUUGUACUUUGCUGGAGACAAAAAAAAAAAAAGCCAUCUAGCAAAGAGUUGGGGUUUUUUUUAGCAUUUGGAUUUUCCUCUAAACCAAGGGAAAUAAAGCAGUUCCUCACAUCUAAAGGGGAUAGGAUACAGUCAUCUUUGAAUUUGCAAAGUAUCUUGUGGCAUGUUUUCAUGGGUUGGAAUAUGCUUCAUCCAUUGCAUCAGUACCUAACAAAUCCACUGAACAUACUUAACGCAGCUGCCUUUCCUUGAAACCAUUUUAUCAUCAGCAAUGUGAUCACUGCCUAAUUUUUGCACAUUGGGGUUUGUGGUGAUGUUAUCUUUCAGACCUAAUACCGAAAGAGAACUUGGAGAAAUGGCUGGAUUAUUUAAACCAGGAACUGCCAACCGUUGCCUUUAAGUCUGCGAUGCAGCAAAAAGACAAAACUGUGGUAAGAGCAGCCGCCCUCUUUUCGACAGUGCUGGACUAUGUGUUGCUUGCAUGGAAUGUUAUGGGGGCAAGAGAGAGAGAGUGAAAUUCCUAAUACAAAACUGCAUUCACUCCAUUCUAACAGGUUGCAACAGUAUGUUUACCUGUAUGUGUAUGCUUGGUCGAGACUCUUUAGCCUAUAGGUGUUCUUGACGUGAGUGGGGGAAUUCUGUGUGGAUGCAGAUUUACAUGCGCUGGGGCUGUUCUUUUCCUGCAACAAACAUGCUCCCAUUAAUACAUCAGUGUGGGAAUGGUGCUCCCACUGCCCUGGAUUUUGAUUAGUUGUGGAUAGCUUAACUCCAUUGUUUUUGGUGGGUCUUUUGUCUUUUGUUUUAUUAUUAUUAUUAUUAUUAUUAUUAUUAUUAUUAAAGAAAUUUGUGUUUGCCCUCCAUGAGAAGUCUGGUGGGCAGCAACUCGAGAACGGGCCUUUUCUGCAGUGGCUCCCUGAUUGUGGAAUGCUCUCUUCAAGGGAGGUUCACGUGGCGCCUUCAUUACAUAUCUUUAGGUCCCAGCCAAAAACAUUCCUCUUCUUCCAGGCCUCUACAAAAUUCUGUGGCCUUUUAAACUUAGAGGGGUAUUGCUCUUGUUUAUUACUGCGGUAUGUGCUUCUGUGUUUUUAUAUUGUAAAGUGAUCCUCGGACGAAGGGUGGUAUGAAAAAGGUGUUUUCCCCCACAGGAUCUGCGUUAUUUAAAUGUGUUCCUGUUUUAAACAUAUUGCCUUAUGAAAUCAUUUCCUCUGAUGCUGGCGUACCCCAUCUUAAUUUAAAUCUACAGCAAGAGAAGAAGCACACAAAAAGACGUAGUGCAUAUCUUGAUUUAUCGAGAUCCAGCUUAUGUUUUGGGAGUGAGUGCCUGCUAAAACUCCUUCGAGAGCACAGUGUAACUAAAGAGAGAGUUAUUCAGGUUGGUGUGGUGGGUAAGUACCCCAUUUUUUGUCUACAUGGAGUUCCUUGGGUUGCAGUAAUAAUCUGUCUGAGCACAUGGUAUCACAUGGUGGCAAUUCAAAAAAGGACCCUACCUUUAGCUGUAGCCUUUCAGGGAUGUGCUGUGGGAAUGAUGUGCUUGAAAAGCCCCAGUAUGAGCUCGAAACACCAUGUGCAUGCCCAGGAUCCUGGAGAUCAUACUGUUGUUGUCACUGGAGUGAGAAAUGAGGAUAUAUGCUUUUGUCUUACAUUAUUGUGAAGACUUCAGAUCCAACUCUGAUCUUGCUCCGCAGGCAGCUUUAAAAUGGGUGUAUCUCACACGCCUAUAGGUGAAAUAUUUUUAGAGAACAAAUCAAUGCCAAAAAUCAGAAGGUGGCAGUGCCACCUACAAACAUUUCUCUUGCGGUCUGCAUGCCAUGGCCCUCAUGGCUCCCUCAGCAAUAUUGCAAGGGUGGGCAAAGAAAACGAAGUGGAGAUUGAAUAUAUACCACAAUAUUGCUCCCAAGUAAGCAGUCUUCCUGGAGGAUAAUUUAACUUGAAGAUGACGUUUCUACUCCCGGGUGUGUUUUGAACUUGGGAUGGAAUCCCACCUAAAUAAACAUCUCAUUUGGGGGUGGGAGAGAUCUAUUGACACUCACUCCACCAAGAAGGAGAAGGAACCAUCUUUACAUGUAAUCUUCCCAACUGCACUUUUUUUUUGGGGGGGGGGGGAGAAUGUGUGUGAAAUGUUCUGGCUCACACUUGCUCUGGCCAUUUCUUCUGGGAUUGAUGAAUGGAAAGGAAGGUUGCUCUUACAAUUAUUUGUACUAACAGCAUGAACAGUCAUCUUUUCCCAAGAUACUUACAAUCCAAAGUUGGGUGCAGAGAGAACUGGUAGAAGAGAGGGCAAGGGAUUCAUGCAAGGAACUGCAGCUGAACACAUUUAGACUUCACUGGGAACAAAGAGCUUAAGCAAUGUCUUCACGGAAAUUGUGAAUCCUACAGAUGGGGAAGAAAAGAGCUGUGAUGCAGUGCAAGUUAUGUGAUUGGGGUUCCACCUCUGCUGGGCAAAUGCUGGUCUGGUAGCAUAAGCAGAUUUCUUUCCCAAGAAAAUGAAAACUUUUGUCUUCAGAUAAUACCUAGCACGCCAAAUUUGGUUACUAAUGCACCUUUGUUUUUAUUUUGUAUCUUGGCCUUCAGGUUUUCCUAACACAGGGAAAAGCAGCGUAAUCAAUAGUCUGAAAGAGGUGCAUGCCUGCGACGUGGGACCAGUCAGAGGCCUCACUAAGUUAGUUUGCUUUCGUGGUACAACGGUUUUCAAGCACUGCCAUUCAACUUCACUAAGAUCCCUCCUGUGUUUCGACUUCUCUCCAUUUACACAAAAGAGAUCCCAUUAGGGAGAUGUAUUGUUAGGAUGGGAUGGGAACCAUUCUAACAAUGACAUACUUCAUUUUCAGUUUUCCCAUCGCAUAGCCAUUUUCAAAUUGGCAAUCAAAUGGAUAUAAUCUUCCUUAUUGUUAAGCAAUAAUAAGCAAUAAGCAAUUGUUUAAUCAAGAGUAAAAGGGCACAUAGUGGAGAAUAACCAUGCAUAUCCCAGUAAUUGCAACCUGACACGUUCAGAUUUGUGCUGUCUUCAGUGUUUAACAUUUUGUUUUCUGGAAAGACUCCCAUCUAGCCCAGAUCUAAUGCUUUGAUUCUUUAUGGCAAGGAUGGGGAACCUUUGGUUUUCCAGACAAUGCUGAACUACAACUCCUAUCAUCCCUCAGCAUUGCUGGCUGAUAAUGAUAGGAGUUUGUGAGCGCCACACCUUUUCCACUCCUGCUUUAUGAUUUGCUUAUUUGUCAAAUAUUUCCUGGAGUUUGUUUUUUCUAUACCCCCCCCCAUGCUCAUUAUGUGUGUGUUCUUUUAAAGGUGUCUACAAAUAGUUCACAUCGACAAACAGAUCAGGAUGUUAGAUAGUCCAUGUAUCAUUGCAGCGCCUUCCAGCUCUGCUCUUGCUUUGGCACUGAGAAGUACUGCAGACAUUGAUGCUGAAAACUUAGUUGGUUCAGUAGAUGCUAUUCUGAAGCAUUGCAACAAACAGCAGGUAACACUAUUGUAUAGUUUCCCAGUAAUUUAUUGGCCUCGGGUGUGUUUAGCUUGCACACUUGUUGCACUUAUGGGGAACCAGUGGCCCUACUGGUGUAGUUGGACUAAAACUACCACCAUCCCUGUUCAUUGGCCAUGCUAGCUGGAACUAAUGGGAAUUGACAUCCACUAGCACCCAAAGUGCCACAGGUUCUCCAUCUAUUUUAUUAAUUGUGUUGAUAAAGUAGCUGUUGGUUUGUUUUCUGGCAAGGUUCAGUAGCAGUUGUGUAGCAUCAAGUUCACACUGAUAGAAUCAUCUAUGUUUGCCCAUCAUGUCAGGCUCUUUAGAUUAAAUCAGAUAAGAUUCAACAAGUUAAUGCUCGUUUACUUUACCUGCUCUUCACUAUGAGGUCCCAGCACAUACUGUAAUUAUUUAAAAGUGCAAUCUUUAAAAAGUUUAAACAGAUCACAACUGAGAAUUUGGUUGCGUUAUAAAAUAUGAAUUUCAAGUUUUAUAUUCCCCAUCAUCGAACAGAUUCAAUGUAUUAGCCAAGUGAGAAAUGAGGAUAUUUGUUAUGUCUUACUGUUACAGUGAAGACAUCAGAUCCAACUCUGAUCUUGCUUUGUGCUUAAUGGUGCUUCCUAAGGAGUUCUGACCCACUUCUGCUUUCUGCCGUGGUCUAGAUAUGUAAACUGGAGCAAGAAAAUGCUGUUCUUGCCGUUAAAAGGCUUGGGCUUACGAGUGAUGUUGGAGAAUCUGGUGUACACAUAUGAGGCUCUCUUUUUAUUAUUGUUUCAGAUUAUGCUGCACUACAACAUCCCAGACUACAGAAACUCUCUGGAGUUCUUAACUCUGCUUGCUCAGAAGAGAGGAAUGCUGAAGAAAGGAGGUCUUGCUGAUACAGAAAGUGCAGCCAAACUAUUUCUGUACGAUUGGACAGGGUAAAUAUGUUCUCAUUUGUCUGCAUGAAAGAUUUGCUGCUGAGAAGUAGGUGCUGUGCUGAAAAGAACACGGUGUGGUGAAGGAGAACCUCUCUCUCACCCCUCCUUGCCCAACUUCUGCACUUCCCUGCAAUGCUGCUACUUGUGUCUUUCUCUCUGCUAGUUGCCACCUCCCCCCCUUUUGGGGGGGGUCAGCUACAGCCCCAGAAACAAGGUGGGAAAUUGGGGGUGUACAAUUAAAUGUUAACUCCUGAGAGGCAGGACCAGAGUGCUUGGUGCUGCUGGCCAGCCCCAUGCAAUUUACACAGUGUAAAGCCAGCUCUCCAGCCCUCUGCUUCUUCUAAAUAAAUAGGGCAAAUUCCUGGUUUUUAGAUCCUUUGUAAACAAUUUUCUUCCCCACCCCUCUCUUAGGGCCAAAGUGAGUUACUAUUCACGGCCUCCUCCAGCAUGGACUCUGUCGCCACACCUUUCCCGUGAAAUUGUAGCAGCAGCGCAACAGGCUUUUAAUCUUCAGGAUCUGGAAGAAGAUAACAAAAGUACCAUAAAAGGUGAUGCUGGUGUACCAAAUUAUCUUGUGUCUUUAAGAUGUGGGUUUCAGAGCAGUUGGUUAAUUGUUGUUUUGCUAUGUUAUGCCACUUAGUUCGUUAGUGGGCAGCAUUAUUUUAUACACCUAAGAGCCAUCUCUUGAAGCUUAUCAAGCUUCUAAAAUGAGUGGCCAGACAGAGCUAUGCAGUUGGGAGGUGGCUCAGUUUUUAGGGGCUGCCACUGAGUUCUGUGGAUCCAAACAAACAGUGGCAUCACUGUCUUAGGUGCCAUGGAAUCUUGAUUAUAGCGAGAGAUGUAAACUUAAUGCUCCUGAGUGUGCUGUGCUGACAAAUACAUAUAGCUAAAUCUGGAAAAUGAACUGAGCAUCUUGCACCUUUGAUGUUUUCUGCUGCACAGUUCACUUAAAAUGUGAAACCGUUUUGGUAGAAAUCGGACCAGAGUAUUUGUCCUUUGGGAAAGCACUUUCAAGAGUUCUGCCCAUAUAGUAUUAAUGGACAUUUCUUUUACAGGUAGCAAAUAUCCUAAUGAGGCAAGCAGCAUUGCCUUUCAAUCUCUUGGCUUCACGGAGGGCAUAAUAGAAGAGAGUGAACUGCCAGAGGAAGUAGUCGACCUGGAGAAGAUAGAAGCGAGUGAAGAUGAGGAGGAAUUAACCGAAGGAGAAGAUGAAGAGGAGGAUGAAAUAGAAAGUGAUAUUGAAGAGGUACAUCUGUGAGACUAAGAUUAAUAAUACCUUGAGAGUCGUCAGCAGAGAGUGGAGAGGGUGGAAUUCUUGACCUCAGUCCUUACACUGUCAAGACAAUACAACCUACACUUGUAGGUUAUUUUUGAAUUUGCAUGUGUUGCCUAAACAGGCAAAUAGCUUCCUCUUGGAAAUUCAGUGGUACCUCUGCUUACGAACUUAAUUCAUUCUGGAGGUCCGUUCUUAAGCUGAAACUGUUCUUAUCCUGAGGCGCACUUUCGCUAAUGGGGCCUCCCACUGUUCACGCACCUCAGGCGCGAGUUUUCCGUUCAUAUCCUGGGGCAAAGUUUGCAACCAGGAGCAGCUACUUCUGGGUUAGCAGAGCUUGUAACCAGAAGCGUUCAUAACCAGAGGUACCACUGUAAUAUGCAGUGCCUUUGGCGUUUAGAAAAAUGUUUAAUUACCGUCAGUGCUGUCUUGUUGACAUUUUGCAUUCCUGUCACCUUGUUUCAGGAAAGCAACAGAACAGCAAGCGGCAAAACAACCUCUGAAGAGCUAAAAGCAAAAAAUUCAGACUUGGGGAAGUUACCUACAGGUACAUUUAUUAUGAUUAAUGAAUUUCAAAAGACUAAUGUCACCUUGAGCAAGCAGAUGAUUUCAGACUGACAUUUUUUUCCCUCCUUCUGAAGGUAAGCAACUCAAAAUAGAGAAGACUGGUGACCUGGAUGAUGCAUAUGACUUCAAUACAGAUUAUAUGUGAAGAGAAAAUCAAAAGGACUUGAGUGCUGCCUUGAUUUCUGGGACCAAUACCAGGACUUUUUGGAGCCCCUCAAGUUCAGGCCAUGUGAAUAUUGUACAGGACUAUUAAAUAAUUCAGUAAAAAUAGUAAAGAAAAGAUUUUGUUUUCAACUUCAUAAAUCGUAUUGAAUAAUAAUGAUAAUUUAUUACUU